AAAAAAAAAAACAGAACAGGACAGGGCAGUUGCACAGAUUUUUCCUUUUCCCCACCUACAUCAUCCAUCCUUAUGAUUUCCUCCCACUCUAAUCUUUCUGCAAUUCCCAUGAACCAAACGUACACUACCAUCUCUCCUAUAAUAUAACCCUCAAAUCACUCUUCAUCUUCUGCAUAAUGUGUUGUGUUUUCUUUGUAUGAAAAAACUUUGAAGUUAGGUUUUAUCAAUUUCUUAGUGUUUUUGUUGUUGUUUUUUCCAUGGAGAAUUAUCUUCAGAUGCAGUUUGAUUGCGGUGAUCCGCAUUUACCACCGGGGUUUCGGUUUCAUCCGACUGAUGAAGAACUUAUUACUUACUACUUGUUGAAGAAGGUUUUGGACUGCAACUUUACUGCUAGAGCUAUUGCUGAAGUUGAUCUCAACAAAUGUGAACCUUGGGAACUUCCUGGGAAAGCGAAGAUGGGGGAAAAAGAAUGGUAUUUCUUCAGUCUACGUGAUCGGAAGUAUCCAACAGGGCUGAGGACUAACAGAGCUACUGAAGCAGGUUACUGGAAAGCUACUGGAAAAGAUAGAGAGAUUUUCAGUUCAAAAACUUGUGCACUUGUUGGUAUGAAGAAAACCCUAGUUUUCUAUCGAGGAAGAGCUCCAAAAGGAGAAAAAAGUAACUGGGUUAUGCAUGAAUAUCGCCUUGAUGGCAAAUUUGCUUAUCACUACAUCUCCAGGAGUUCAAAGGACGAGUGGGUGAUCUCGCGGGUCUUUCAAAAAAGUACCGGUUCUAAUGGUGCCGCCACUUCAACUGGUGGCGGCAAAAAAAGGUUAAGUUCAAGCAUCAACAUGUACCAGGAAGUAAGUUCACCGUCUUCCGUCUCUCACCUUCCGCCGCUCCUUGAUUCCUCCCCGUACAGCACCACCGCUACUUCCGCUACAGCUAUCGUAAUCGGCGAUUGCGAUCGUGAUCAUCAUAGCUUCAAAAAGGAGCACGUGCCCUGUUUCUCCACAACUGCUACUGCUACAAUAACAACACAAAGUCUAACUUUCGAUCCAACUUCUGUCUUCGACAUUUCAUCAAACACCUUGCAUGCACUACAGCCAACUCCAAGUUUCAGUUCUAUUUUGGACUCUACUCCAACUAAUUUCACCAAUUACACAAGGAACUCAACUUUCCCAAGCUUAAGAUCACUCCAUGAGAAUCUCCAGCUUCCGUUAUUCUCCGGCGGAACUUCUGCCAUGCACGGCGGAUUUUCUAAUCCGAUGGGUAAUUGGACCGUGCCGGAGACUCAGAAAGUUCAACAGUCUGAACUUGACUGUAUGUGGAGCUACUGAAGUAGCAAGUGUUUAAUUUUAAUUAAGAAGUUAGUUAAGUAGUAAUAAGUGUGUUAAUGUUUGGUUUUGGUUUAUUAAGUAUGGAAUUUACUGUGUGUGGCAGCUUUAGUAGUAUUGUCACCUUGUUGUAAACGUUCGGCGUAAUUUAAUGCAUGUUAUUAUUUCU